GUUAUUCAGCGUUGUUACAGUGCGCCAUCCCAUCUCAUCCAUCCGAUCCCGGGUCGUUCCGACGGGGACGACAUUGGACGUCAUGCUGUUCGUUGUCUUUGCCCUUUUUGGUCCCUUCGAUGUUUCCAAAGAUAAACCACGAUCGAUAAUCGACAUUCAUCGACGGCCCGGAUAUCCAUCAUCGUGGACCUCACCGACCGACCGACCAGACAACAAAAAAGACGGAAAGAAACAAGCAUUUUCGCUUCUUACGUACCGCCAUCCCAUAAUUGCGCCAAAAACGAUCGCGCUAUUUGACGCCAAUCCGUAAUCGACAACAUUCCUUUCAGUCAAAGGCAAACGCCAAUCCUGACUCACCCAUUGACUCACCACACUCACCCCCACGACGGGAAAAAGACGUAGCAAAAAUGCGCAACAACACCAUCUCCAACGACGAAACCCAACCACUGCUAUACCCCAUCAUGUCAACAGACGACACCACAACCCCGGCUCUCACCAAGCCACCCUCGGGGCGAUGGCGCCGCCACCUCACCACCGACAUCGACCGCACCCACGCCGACCUGGUUCUCAUAAUCUGCUACCUAAUCACGGGCCUGCUCGACUCCUCCUCCAUCUCCAUCUGGGGUUCCUUCGUCUCCAUGCAAACCGGCAACACAGUCUACAUCGGUCUCGGCCUGGCUGCUCCGCACGAAUCAACACGCUGGAUCAAAUCGGGCACUUCCCUCCUUGCCUUUUGCCUCGGCUCGUUUUUGUUUAGCCGAUUCCACCGCUUCUUCUCGCCGAAACGCCGCUGGGUUCUGUGCGUCUCGUUUGCGGUGCAGUUUGCCUUUACCAUUGCGGCUGCCGCGAUUGUUACCGUCACGGGAAAACCGAAAGAUAGCGACGCUACCGAGUGGCAUGUGCUGUUGCCGAUUGCGCUGUUGGCGUUCCAGAGCUGUGGGCAGGCGGUGACGAGCAGGGCGCUCAAGUAUAAUGCGCUGACGAGCGUGGUGUUGACGAGUGUUCUCUGCGAUCUGUUUAUGGACGCGGAUCUGUUUAACUUUAAGGUGCAUAAUCGUGAGCGGAACCAGAGGGUGGGCGCGCCGGUGUUUUUGUUCUUGGGGGCGCUUUUUGGAGGGUUUUUUGCGCAUACGUCGUUUGGAGUUGCUGGCGCGCUGUGGAUGGCGGCGGGAUUGAAGUUGGUGGUUAUUGUGCUUUGGUUGGUAUGGCCUGCUAAGCCCAGGGCGGUGCUUCAGCAUCCUAAUGGACUUGAGAACUGAGUUGGUGUGAACGAGUGGCUUGUUAUGGUUGACGACGACUGUUGUUUUAUGCGCAAGUUGAGCCUGUUGACUAUGUUUCUUGUCAUUUUGAGCUGUAUUUCUUGGACUAGAGGGCA